AUGGGACGCCGAUCUGUGAACACAACCAAGAGUGGGAAGUUUAUGAAUCCUACGGAUCAGGCCAGAAAGGAGGCCAGAAAACGGGAACUGAAAAAGAAUAAGAAGCAGCGCAUGGCGGUUCGCCACGCUGUAUUAAAAUCAAAAGACCCACUACAACUGCUCGAGGAAACUGCUCUUUACGACAAGCAGGGUUCGUUUAUGACCGUUGUGAAAAUUGGAUGGAAUACAUUUUUUCUUGAUAGAGUAAAGCUUGCUGAAAGAGUCAAAGCUAGCGAGAUCCCUUUACCGAAAUUACCGCAAUCACAAAUGGGUCUUCUGACCUCGGAUAUACCUCUGCCCGCGGGAUCAUAUACCAAGGGCAUAUUAAAGAAGUCUCUUGGGUAA